CCAAAUUGAUUCUCUUACCAUGACUGAAACCAACUAAAAGUUGAGCAUACAACGAACUACUUAAGCCUCAUCAGGAAUACGCUGGAUCGAUUAGAAGACUCUAGAAGAUCUGGAUUUCGAAGAUGGCUUAUGUUUAAUGUUACACAAACUCGAAGACGUAAAGGCGAAAAACAACAGACUGGCUGAAGAAGCCGUCAGUGAAGACAGGAUUCCAGAUGAACACAGAGAAGACGGAGGUGAUGAAGAUAACCAACCAACAGCAACAACAACCGCCACCAAUCACCAUCAACUGGAGAGAUUUGACAGAGGUUACUUCCUUCACUUAUCUGACCAGGAAACACGGUUUCAACCACAAGUGACAGCAAGGAUGAAGAUGUCAAAGCCAGCCAGAAUCGGAAAGGUAAGAUACACCUUCAUCAACCUGAAACCAGUUUGAAAAUCUUCUGCACUAACUCAC